ACCAGAGACAGAGAAGACGGCUGGCACUGGUGGUGGCCCAGUUUGGCUUUUCUUUCUUUGCUUUUUUUUUUUUUUGCUGGGUAAGUGGGUUGUGAAUUCUCAGUGACCCAGCUUUUAGGAGCUGUGGGUCUGCCGGGACUUUUGGUGUGGACGGACUGGACAGGACUCCUACAGUUGAUGAUGAGAAAUUAUUAGAUUUUCAACCCGGCUGGAAAAAGCCCGUUUUCCGCCUGAGAAAUGUCCAGGCAGGGUUCGGUGCUGGCGCUGGGGAAAUGUCUCGCCUGUCUGGAGUUCAUGUAAACGUUUGCAUGCCCGAUCAAGAAAAACAAGCUUGCAUUUUUGCCCCACAUCCAAUGGAAGAUAAUUCCCAGCCCAGAGAGGGUGGGAUCUGGACAUCUGUGGGAAUGAGCGGUGGAGGGGGGCUGUUUUGGAUGGAAGAUGGAAGACUGUUUCCCGUGUGGAGGGGAAUAGGGGCCAGCAGCGCCGUCGGGUGGAGCCAGGGCUGGGGCCGCUGCCUGAGAUGGGAGCCAAAUAGCCGAGACCAAGGGACCAGAAUCCCUGUGUUUGACUACCCUGUCUGGUUGAUCUUCUGUCGCCGGGGGCGUGCCAGACUCAGGGAGGUGUGUCAGAGAGGGAGAGGCGCCAUCAGACUGUCCACAGACCUGCUGAGCUUAAAACUCCCCCAGCUCUUCGACAUCCAUCAGGUUCCCAAGGUGUUCAGGGAGGAAAAUAUCAUCUCCGGAUAUCGUCACCCUCGGAGCUCUGCGAUGGACUGCGUCCUCAGCAGCUUCCAGAUGAACAACGAAACGAUCAACAUAUGGACCCACUUCCUGCCCACAUGGUACUUUGUGUGGCGUUUCUUGGCUCUGUGCUCCACCAUGAACUUCCUCAACGACAGCUACACCUGGCCCCUGCUGGUCUACAUGCUGCUCAUCUGUAUUUACCCGUUCACCUCCAGCUGUGCCCACACCUUCAGCUCCAUGUCCGCAGAGUCCCGACACAUCUGUUACUUCUUUGACUACGGAGCUCUCAGCCUCUACAGUCUGGGUUGUGCAAUCAGCUACGGAUAUUAUGUGAUGCCAGACUGUUGGGUGAACAGUUGGCUUCAUCAGCACUUUGUUCUCAUCGCCAUCGGGAACUCGCUGUUCUGCACCAGCAUGUCCUGCUAUUCCAGAUUUGUGGAGCUGCAGUUCCCAAAGAGAAGUAAAGCCUUACGAACAGGAGCGUUUGUUGUGCCAUUUAUAUUCGACACGACCCCUCUGUUUUACAGGGCACUGAGUUGCUUCUGGGGUGGCGGCAGCCCAAGUGACGCCUUGUCCAGCCACUCUUGCCACCUCCUCUUCGCCUUCCUCACCUGUUUUCUGUUUACCGCCCAUCUCCCAGAGAGGCUGGCGCCGGGGCGCUUCGACUACAUCGGCCACAGCCACCAGCUGUUCCACGUCAGCGCCGUGGUGGGAACCCACUUCCAGAUGGAGGGUGUCAUAGCAGACAUGACGUCUCGGAGGGCGUGGCUCCAGCUCCACGGAUCAAUGCCAUCCUUCCUCGGGACCAUCGGGGCACUCACCGUCAGCCUCGCCCUCAACCUGGCCGUCAUCGGCAUUUUCAGCGCUCCAUUGCUGUGGAAAACUAGGCCCAGCUCCAGUCAGCAGCACGCCUGCAAGGAGCAGUAAGGGAACAUUCCCAAAAACAGGACUCAUUGACUUUCCAAAGGAAAGGUUUGGCUGUUUGUCAGCUCUCAGUAGUGCUGGUUUAACAGUUUUCUCACUUAGUUCUUUUAAGUACUUGUGUGUGUACUCAGCGGCUGAAGACCCUGUUUCAUUUAUGAAAGCCUUUUCCUGAUAUGGUUAAGGUUGAUGAAGGCUACGGGUUGAAGGAAGCUGUUUUAUUACAAGAUCCAUAAUGCAACUUUUAACCUCAAACUGGAAAUAAUUGAGUUUGAAUUCAUAAAAUUUCUUCUGGAUUUCUAGAAAUUCAUCUGAAAUAUUCCUCCUAACUGAACUGAUGGGUUGGUUGGGUUGUUCUGUGAGCAUAACGGCUCCAUAAAAUAAUGCAGAUUGGAUCGGCAGCUCUUAAACAUCCACCUAUUGAUUCCACCCCUUGCUGACGGGAAUUGAUUUUCAGAGCCGUGCGGUUCUUUUUCUUUCUCCUGAUUGCCUGCCUCAUUAUGAACCACACAAUCUACCCUCAACCCGGGAGGGCCAGAGAAAUGUGGCGGUGCAGCGGUGAUUAAAAGACAGGUACCACUUUUCAUAACGCGACCUCUCGUCUUUCCCCAACGGUCUUCUAGGGUUCAUGUCGGGAUCAGACGGCGCCGUUCCCGUCAAAUUCUCCCGUCAUGAAUUUCAUUCGUAACGUCUCUGGGCUGAAAAUCCAGCCUGGCAGGAAUCUGAUGCUUAUUAGAUUCUGACCUUUAACACAUUUGUUUCACAAUACAUUGGCAAUAUUAAGAUGACAAAGUGGAGGUUAUUUAUAAUUAUUAACAUUCAUGAUGGUUUUUGUGAAAAUGCAUUGAAGCAAAAUCUUUAACAGCUCAAUUGCUUCAUAUCUCUUAACCCAGGUGAUUCUUACAUUUACCACUGAAAUAAUUUCUUUUAAGAUAUUUAAUGCUCAUUUUAGGCGCAAAAUUUCAUAGUGAGGGGAGUUUUUUUUUUCUGUAUCACAUUUAUCUUAAAAGAAAAAUGUUCCGUCGGCUCAUUUUUAUGACCUUAAUGAGGCCAAUUCUGAGAAAAAUAAUCCAGAUAAUAAAGCAAUUAUUUUGUAGCCAAAACUGUUUCCUUAGUGCAGGGUUUCUGAUCUGUGCGGAAAAGUAUGGAAUUUGGUUUUAAUAUUUUCCGGGUCUGGAUAAGAUUGACAUGAUGGGAAAUAUGGAUUUGUAAAAGUAAAUUCCAUGGAUACCAUGCAUCACUGGGCUAAAUAGAAAACAUUAAAUGGAAAUCUAUGUAUAUUUCUUUUAUUAUAAAAGAAAGUAAACGGAAAUGGAGGGCCAGGUUCUAAUUUACAAGAUCAUUGUGUGUGCAGAGGUAAUGUUUUUAAAUGUGUUAAACUUUUUCGCAGUUUUGAAACAUAAUAUUUGCCAAAAUCAUAAGAAAACUGCUGACAUUAACCAUUUCUUAAAAUGAAUCAUCUUAAUGAAAGUUUAAAGCCGAUGUUUAAAUGUGGGGAAAACCAACCAGAAAAUCAGGAAAAUAAUCUGCAAGGUGGACCCUGGCAUUAUACAGAAAUGGAAAAUGUUCAGGAAUCCUACAUACAGUUUAGGAAAUGGGUGAUUUCUAAAAACUCUUUUUUUUCCCCACUUGUUUUAGGAGAAAUUUUAAUCUAAAUGAGCAAAAAUAAUUUUAGAAACUGUGAAACCGACAGCAGGAAUAACCGGAACGGAUAGAUAAUUGGAAGCUGGUUGUUGCAGAUCAUUACAGAGUAGUUGUAGCAUUUACAUUCUGCAGGUUUUCAGUAUUCCUCAUUUUAAUUGGCACAUGAGCUGAAAUCUUUAUAGAACAGGUUUCUUCUCCGGCAGUAAUGCCAGCUCUUUCACUCACUCACUCACUCAUUCAUUCACUUGUUCAUUCACUCGUCGUCUUUAGUGGAGCGAUUCAACCAGUGGGGUAACUGUACGUGAUUUGAUGGGAAUGAGGUGCGGUCCAGGUCCGUGUCGGACGCUGAGGUGGAAACGCUUGAUGGAAGAUGAAUGAGUAGAAAACACAAAGGUCACACACACUUUUCUAUUUUUCCAGGGGUACUGUGCAGAGUUUCAGGUGGCAGUUUCAGAUUAUAACACUCUGUGUGUAUUUUUUAUUUGACCACCUCUCCUGCUGCUCAGUGUUGAUCCAGUUUCAUCAUGUUGCAACAAUCCAUCUUGUUGAUUUCACGGAUAUUCGGUGGCGUUGCUCUCAUCUUUCCUCCUUUCAACUGUUUGACGGCUCAGACGCAAUGAGGGGCUGAAAUUUCCAUAUCAGCUGUGGAAUUCUUCCAAACUGCAUUAUUUCGACCAGAAAAUUAAACCUCACCGACUCAAACAUGAUUAGAUCACUGUAACUUUUUUCCAUACAGCUCAUCAGUUCGGUCUCUGUGGACAGAGAAAUGCACGUUGUGCUGGGCGCCUAUGUUUUGGCUUUUUUUUUAUUUUUAUAUACAGCGUAUCAAAGGAUUCUUUUGAUCAUAUGUAACAAAAGAUGAGGUCAGUAGGAUGAUGAUGUUGGAGGUUAGUGGAAGGACAAACUAUUGGUGCCUUUUUAAAAAAAAUAAAAUAAAGUUUUACACAACUGUUUUUAAAAGAAAAUCAGAGGGCUCUUAAAUGGUAUAAAUUCUUAUUUACAUUUGUUGUGUAUCAUAUAUAAUUUGCUUCUUUGUUAUACUAGACAUGAAUAAUAAAUUAAGGCUUUUAUAAAAUUA